GCAGACAUACAGACAACAAUCUGAACAGAAACACAGCAGUCUCCACCAUGUACCUUUCUGAACACCAGAAGAUCUGGAACAUUUGACACGAGAAUAAAACAAACAAACAAAACCCACAUUAACUCAAAGGGUUCUAUAAAUCCAAGUGAAGCUGGUAGUGGAACGAAACGGACCUCUAUCAACGCCGACAUGGCCAGUACUCAGACGAGUCUGAAAACCUCAUUCAAAGAUCUGACCUCGUUCAAGGGCAACAUGAAGCGGCUGUACCGAGAGAGGCUAGAGGACGUGCCCAUCAAGAAGAGGCUGAUGGCUGAGAUGAACCUGAAGCGACGCAGCCUAGACACCCUGCCCCAGACCCCCAAGGUGAAGAGGGAGUCUGGGGAGGAGCACACCCAGCCCCGGGAGGCAGAUAGAGSCAUGGAUAGAUCCAUAGAGAUGGACAGUAGAGGGGAGCUCCAGGUAUGUGGAGCCAAGGCUCUGGAUCUCAGUCCUGGGCUGAAACACACACUGGCUGCCUUCACCCUCAGCAGCCAAAGCUCUCUGGGGGGCCCAGCAGCCUUCUCCGCCCGCUCCGGCCACGAAGCCUCCCCCGAGGUCAGCCCUGAUUCCUGCUCCAGCAUGGCCCCUCUCCCCUCCCCACCAGUCCUAGGAGGUGGACCCCUCUUGGUGCCCAGCGACAGCUCCACAGAGUUAAGCCACUCCCUUCUAGAGGGUGAAUCAAUCUCCUGCUUUGCUGUCGGUGGGGAGAAACGCCUCUGCCUCCCCCAGGUGCUCAACUCGGUGCUCCGCGACUUCUCCUUGCAGCAGAUCAACGCAGUGUGCGACGAGCUCUACGUGUACUGCUCGCGCUGUGACGGUGAGCAGCUCCACAUCCUCAAGGUGCUGGGUAUUUUACCCUUCAAUGCUCCGUCCUGCGGCCUCAUCACCUUAACUGACGCCCAACGCCUCUGCAACGCCCUCCUCCGCCCGGGGGCUGUCCUCCCCUCCGAACCCGUCACCAAGCGGCCCGGCCAGGGGCUCCUAAAGGAGACAGAGUCUAGCUUCCAGGUGGAGCACCAGUGUCUAGGGAAAUGCCAGGGUCUGUUUGUACCCCAGUUCUACACACGCCCGAGGCGCCUGUGUAGUGGUGGAGUGCCAGCUGAUUUUUCACCGCAGAAGUUUGUGAUGCACUCACACAAGUCCCCGGACAAGAGCCUGCACUGGGGCUUUGACUCGGCCAAGUGGCCGUGCUACCUGCAGCUGGGGAGGAAGUAUCUGGGAACGCCUGAGGAGGCCGCAGCUCAAACUGCUGCUAGAGGACAUGAAGGACAAGUUCCACUACAACAAAGGACCACUGACAAAAAGGUGGAAGAUGAGGACAGGGACAGCCAGGUGAGGAGAUCGCGUCCUCCUGAGCCUCUGGUUUCUCCUAAUAGUAAACUGUCCGACAGCGAUGCAGCAACCAAGGCUAAAGCCCAGGCUACUCUGGUGUUCAACCGCUUGUUCCCCCACAUUAAGGAAGAGCCUGGYCACCCUGCCAUGGUCCAUCCCAGUCACUUCCUGUAUACAUAUGAUAAGAUGGUGGCUCCUAACGUGUCUCUGAGGGGUCAGCCGGAGGUCAGCCCUGAGGUACUGGGGGUGCUGCUCAAACACCACUACAGCAGGAGACUGACCCACGGCCACGGCGACACUGCUAUGGAUCUCCACGCCUCUCCUGUAGUUGACGAGACCAAGUCUCAGCAGCGCGUCGUUUCCGCUGCCGACCGGGAGCGCCAGCAGCCAGUUUCCAUGGAGACCAGCCCCGRCAACAAGAGUUAUUCUGCUGUAGCGGGAGCCGCGGCGACUGCGGCGGUAGCGUCAUCGGGAGCGGCGCUGGGGAGUAAAGAUGUUCUGUCCUCAGGCUGUGAGGACGACAAGGACAGGAUCGUAGUGGAGAUCGUUCAGAUUUACAGCAGGCAGCAGGAGAAACUGCACUCCACCCUGCACAAACAGCUGCAUCUAGAGAUGGAGUUGGAGGCGCUGCGUGGAGGCGAGGCAGCCAGGCUGCAGCAGUUGUCUGCAGAGCAGCGUGAGCUGCAGAGUGAACUGGAGGCGGUCCACACUGAGCACACCCAGAGGCUGGGGCAGGUGAGGGAGGAACAGAGGGAGCUGGAGCACAGGCUGGAACAGCUGCGACAGCAGAGGUGUGUGUGUGACAACAACAUACACACACACCAGGAGGCACACUACGCCAACCAGCUGGCAGAGCUGCGUGGGAGGUUGGACGGUGCGGAGGCUGACAGGGAGGAGCUCCAGGAGGAGUUGAAGAGGGAGCGGGACGCCCGGGAGAAGCUGGAGAGAAUCAUCUCUCAGCUCAAACACCAGAUGGACCAGACGGCUUCUUCCUCGUCUUCCUCGGCCACCACAAUUGCUACAGGGAGCCCCUCUUCACCCCCCACCCCCUCCACACAAACACCCCACACAGAGGGGCACAUCGCAGGCCUCGAGCAGCAGAACGGCCACGCUCAGAAGUAGCCCCUCACGAAACUCCCCUUUUCCGUUCGUCUCUCAACCCCCCCAAACCCCCACCGUUUUGUUCCUCCAACUCACUCCCUCAUCCCUCACCCCCUGCUGGCAGAGACAGCAGCCCUAGACAGACAGACAGAGUACUCUGUCCCCCAAGGCUGCUUCUCUCCACUCUGUCUCACGCGUUUCCUUCCUCGCCCCCCCUCAUUUUUACUUCUUUGGAAAAGGAACUCUCGUUGGUUUUUAUUUAAUAUCACAUCAAAUGAGUUUUAUGUAGUUUUAUUUUAUUUUUUAGACCCCCUAUCCUUAAACAGUAUUUACAUUUUGGGAAGUAUAUGUUUGUUUUAAUUUAUAGUUUUACUGAACAAACUAAUGACUGCUUGGCAGACCGAUAGGAGUUGGAUGUUUUUAGGACCCUUUCCUCCAUCCCUCCCUCCUUGGAUCUUGGACUUGCUGUUUUGUCGCCCCCAUAGAGACCGGGAAGUCAGUCAGACAGAAAGACAGUUCUCUCCUUGCACCCCUCGACUCUGUUCUGAACUGUGGUUACACUAGCGCUCAGUCGCUCUUUCUACUACUACCUUGCACGCCAACUGGAGCCAAGAUGGUGCCCGUGUGGGUGCUCUCAAUCUCUGUACAUACACCCAGCCCAGCCAUUCUGGACCAGSUACCAGCCACACCCAGCAGGAGACUGCAUUGACAGACAUUUUCAUUUCACCUUUGUUUGUUUUUGUACUCAUACCUAUUCAUGGAAAGAAGACAAAAGUUCUAAAUGUGUAAAACAAAUGAAAAYGUUAUUGUACAGAGCAUUUGCGGUCGUCAUUGUUAAGCCUACUGAAAAUGCUGAUGUGAUAUUAAGAUGUAAAGACAUAUGAGUGAUGCGACUCUGAGGACUGCUGAGGUUGUUGUGGUCUGGAACAACAACAAACCCCUGAACUAGUCUGGCUCGGUCUGUUUUGAUAGGACAUGUCACUCACACACAUACACACAUACACACACACACACACCAAAUUUCCUUGUGGAAAUCUGUCCUGUUUUUUUAGUUUUGAUUUCCCUGUUGGCAGCAGUUGGUGUGUUUGCCAUCCUCUCAUCUCUCCUCGUGAGAGCAGCAGAACCUAGCUGUCUGCUUGGUGGAAUGUGGGUCACAGGUGAARGGAAUUAGUGCAGAUUGACAGUGUGGUGUGGGCUGGCUGCUGCCUUGGAUCCAGGCCCCUGCUCCCUCUUUCCCCUCCGCGUUAUUCCAACUCACUGAACAAACCGAUCCCGAGAGGGAGGCGGGAAAGACCAGGAUGCAGGGAGUGAGGUACAGUCAAGCGGAGAGAGAAAUGGAGGCGGAGGAAGAGAGGAGUGGCAGAGAGACAGUCAGGGGUGGAGAAAAAAGGAAGAAAGGGGAUUGAGGUAGUGCAGGGGGCUGAUGCCCUCUCUCUCUCGGGCUGGGUGGGCCGGGAGCGGGUGAUGAGGAGGAGAGAGGAGCCUCUUUUGUCCUGUCAGAAUUGGGGCAGUUUCUAUAGUCUGGGGCCUCUCUCUCUUGCCCCCGGGGAGCUGGUACAGGAGCCCCUCUCUCUGCCACACACACACACACACACACAUAUAUACACACACACAUCGCCAUCUCUCCCUCCCACAAACGUACACACACACAGAACAGGGGUUUUGUCUAGUUGCCAGACAGUCUUUCUUUUAUAGCCAACCAGGCCGACUCAGAGCCAGGCAGCGUGUAAAUAGUUGUUUAAAAGAGGUAUUGGCCUUGGCUUUAACUCCCAAGCUGCUUUUUUAUGCAUCUGCUGUACAUGCAAGUUGAUAGACAUUCCACUGUGCUCAACCGUUCAAUGCAGAUCUCUAAAGAGAAUUCCCUACAACAUACUCAAUGCUCUGCCAGAGUACUAAAGUAUAGUAGGUCUUAUUUUGUAAUCGAGUUUCAACUAAGCUACAAAAAGUUAUUUUCACGAGGAGAAAAAAACCAACAAUGAAACUAACACCCUUGGUGUGUGAUGUGAAGUUCACUCGCAUGCAGAAAUAUCCRAUCCAUACUGCAAAUGUAUGCUCUCUACCGACCAUUGUUCCACAUAAACCUUUCUUGGAAAUUGUAAACAAAAUAAAGAAAUAAAAAUAUAUUUAAUGUAUUAACUAAAGAUUUAUAUUCACUUUGUACAUACAUUAGUCAUUUAAUAUAUUUACUGUGUUAUGGGAUGAUCUUUUAAAGGUUAUUAUAAUAUUAACUGGACCAGGCCUGAAGCUCUAAACAGCCCUGAUGUUUUUGUUAACUCUGAAUUCUUCAAAGAUUCACUUAACUUGUUGUUUACCCUGUUAAAGGGACACGCAGCAAUAUGACAAUACGCAGCUGAGUGACUUCCUGUUCACACAUUAUCAACAACCUAAUUCAAGAUUGACACUUGGCUCUUUCCAAAAAAAUUGAGCCAUGCCUACAUUGGGACUAACCAAUAGUGGCAGAUUUGAAUUUGUCGCUCUGCUGUGUACGACGAUAUCAUAUUGCACCUUUUUAAAGGAUGUAAACUUGCUGUUGGGAGUUUAAAUGCAUGGUGUUCAGAUGUGACCACCUGACAGAGGUCAGAGUUGAAUAGGAAAGAAAGAGCAUUGUUACAGUACAUCCCCAGAACUGAUUGCUUUCAUUUAUUUUCUUUUGUGGAUGAUUUCACCUUGAUAGACUGUGUAAUAAUGAUGUAUAAUCUUUCUCCCUUAAUACCUUCCCUUUUUGUGCGCUAAACCCUCAUCCCAGACAAUUUGAAAAUGCACCGAACAUUUGUUUAUAAUUUUUUUUUUUUUUUAAGAACUUGAAAAGAAACUAAACUUAAGUUUGCAUAUAACGAGUGGAUCGAUACCCCUAAUUAAUUUUGUUAGGUGAAUGAUUUCUUACUUCUCGCUGAGCCACUCAAUUGAUACGUUUUUGUAAAAAAAAAAAAGAGGAAAAAAAGGGCCCUGUCCUAAAUGGCACCCUAUUCCCGAUUUUGUAGUGCACUAUAUAGGGAAUAUGGUGCCAUUUGGGAUGCAGCCAGUGUCUCCAACGUACACGUUGUUGACCUGUCUCACUACUAGCAAGGAGACACAAURACUGAGGGCAUCUGAGCUAGUUUGACCGUUGAAAUAUACUUCUGGCUUUAGAAGAAGGCUAAAUUGUACUAAAGUCCAACUACCUAAUCACACCAUACAAAUGUAGCCUCAUUAGAUUUUGCAAAGAUGAGCGAGAAGUGUGUGUCGAGUUUGUGUCCGAGCGCAUGUAUUUGUGUCUGACUUGACUGUAUGCCAUCGAUUUGAAAGUGACCGAAGCACAGUAGCUAUGAAAAAGGGAGAGGCUUAUUCUCAAGUAGCACUGURGUUGUCCUCAUUUUUGUCCAACACACAGAGACAAUUGUCCUCUUCGGGGUCUUUAACGGCAUUGUGUUUACAUCACAAGAUAAAUCAGUAUUCGGUUUGUUAUUAACACCAUAAUUACCUAUCUCUACAGUCUAMUGCAUUUUGUUUUUUAACAAUCGUUCUGGGGUAUCUAAUGUUUUUCUGUAUUUUAUUUUCUGUCGGGUGUAAAUUGAAUUUUAUAUACAAGAGGGCGCUCUAUAUUGACUUUAGUUAAAUGCCAUAAUAAUGAUAUGAUAGAUACAAUGGAUUAAAAGAAGUCCAAAAAAAUACUAUAUAACACAGCGGGCUGGGCCCUCUUGCAUUCGCAUUGUUAUGAGAACUAAUAUUGUGUCCCAAAAGGCUCCCUGUUCCCUACACCGUAAGCAACUUUUUGUUCCGGGGCCCUACGGGCCAUGGUCAAAAGUAGUGCACUAUAUAGGGAAUAGGGUGCCAUUUAGGACACUAGCCUAAGACAGAUGUGCUUUGUACAGAGUUUUAAAAAAAAUAUGUUUUUAGAGGGGUGCAAUUUGCCCAACUCACUACUAACUAGAUCAUUACCAUUAGGCUUGGUCCUGRCCUUGCUUCAGAAGCACAGCUAAACAGUAACUAUCACUAUAUAUAUUUUUUUUUUUACAUGCAUCCCCAAUGGAUUGUUCCCAGACAUAAAAGGAUAGUUCAGCGAUUUUAGAUUUUUAGAUAUAUAAAAUGGGUGAACUAUCCCUUUUAACGAAGAAGGCGAUGAAGUGUAGAAGUGGCGCUCUUUAACAAUGGCAACAAGUUGGAUUUUGGAUCGGUGAAAUAACGCUAGAUCAAUUGUUUCCAUUUAUGCUUUGUAGUCAAAAUAUUUAUUUAUAAACACCCUUCUUAUUUACAAGCGUGGGACCUGGCCAGGACAUUACACCUCGUCCUAGCUAGGUCCCACCUGGUUAAUGAUUUCACAAAAUGGUUCUUAAUAUGAUGUAUGCCUGGGAUAAACACGCCAUGUUUUCAGUUUAAAGUUAGUAGGCUACACCUGACAAAUCAUAGUUUAAAGAAGAACUGUUAUCUUUUUAUGGCUUUUUUUUAUUCAGAAACCUGUAUGGCAGUGAGUGUCUAUGUAUGACCAUUGCAUACCAUGUUGCCAACAACGAUUGAGUGAUUGAGACGUUUGUUUUUUUUGUUGCAUGAAACGAGACACUGUUCUCCUACCUCAUGUUGUGAUAUAAAAUGUUUUUUAAGCAGAGGACACUGCAUCUUUUAACCGUUGAUCAUCAUUGAUAUUUACUAGUAAACGAUGACGACAUACCUGUACUUGCUUUUAGCUAAUACCUCAGUUGUAUAUCUCGUGUUCAGUGUUUUUUUUUCUUCUCCCGCCCUUAUUUCAGAUCUUGUAAAUAUACACUGUGUAAACAAUGAACUUGGAUCACAUUCAAGUAAAGUUCUGUAGUGUCACAA